UGUAAAGGCCCACAUCCAUUAAUGACAUGCCCAAAGUUUAAGGAUGUUCCUAGAAAGGAAAAGAUUGGAUUCUUAAAGCAAAGGGGAAUCUGUUUUGGAUGCCUUAAAGUUGGACAUGUGAGCAAAGAUUGUAGAAAUCGCUUGACUUGCGAGGAAUGUGGUUUCAAGCAUCCAACUUUUCUUCAUUUUGACAAAAGUCAUAAUCAAGUUGAACAUCAAGAAACCUGUGGAUACACUGGGGCCGGAGAUUAUGGAUGUUUGCUUUCUGUUGUACCAGUACAGCUGAAAUCCAAAGGACAUAAUAAAGUGAUAAAAACAUAUGCUCUCUUGGACCCUGGAAGUACUGCAACAUUCUGUACAAAUGGUGUAAUGGAAAAACUGAACGCGCAGAGUGUUAAAACUAACAUUCUUUUGCGUACCAUGGGACAGGAAAAGGUUGUGGAAACCCAAGUACUCACCGAUCUGGAAGUGGCCGAGUUAAAUAGUGACAAGUUCAUGGAUCUUCCAGAAACCUUUUCACAAGAAGCAAUACCUAUCUCUACAAAUCAUAUUCCUUCUCAAGAGGACAUUAAAAGAUGGGAUUAUCUGAAAGAUAUUAAAAUCCCAAGUUUGGAUGUGGAGGUGGGACUGCUAAUUGGGGCUAAUGCAGCAAAGCUUAUGGAACCCUGGGAGAUUAUAAACAGCCAAGAGGAUGGACCCUAUGCCAUAAAGACUUUAUUUGGGUGGGUCAUUAAUGGUCCCUUAAGGGGAAAUGUGAAAGGUUGUUCAGCCAUUUACGCAAACAGGAUAUCCAUUGUCAAGUUGGAAGAACUGCUGAUCUCUCAGUAUAACCAGGAUUUUAAUGAAAAGAGACUGGAGGAAAGGCUGGAAAUGUCACAAGAGGACUUGAAGUUUAUGGCUAUUUUAGAAAGAUCUACAUGCCAGCAAGAUGGUCAUUUUUGUAUGGACUUACCCUUUAAGGAUGAUACCAUCACCAUGCCAAACAAAUCUGUUGCUGAACAACGGUUGAAGAGCCUUAAACGGAGGUUUGACAAAGAGCCAAGAUUCCAAGAAGAGUACACCAGAUUUCUCACAGAGGUGAAUGAGAACGGCAUAUCAGAGGCAAUCAAAGUCAAAGUGAAAUGUGACAAAGGAGGCGUUGGUCAUAAAGAAGGGGAGCAGUUCAGUUUCCACUGGUGGGAUCACGUCUUUAACAAGGCAUACGCCAGCCUGCAGGUGGAGAGCGAUCAGAACGGAACAAAGGUGAAGAAGACAGCGGAUGAAGAGGAUGGAACGAUCUCCAAUAAAAAACCACGGAAGGCCUUGUUGGAGAGAGCCAAACUUUAUGGAAGCUUUGUGAAGUCCGCCACGCUGCUGUCGGGUCAGGAGCAACCAGAACCAAAACCGUCCAGCUCAGACGACAGCAGCUCUGAUGAGGACGACCAGAACCUGGACCUGUCCAGCACCACAAAACUUUCUGACUCUGCCCUGAUGAAGGUCUGUGGAGGACGCACCGCUCACAAAGGAGCAAGGCACGGGCUCACCAUGAGCGCCAAGUUAGCCAGACUGGAGCAGCAGGAGGCGGAGUUCAUGGCCAAGUACGGCGGGAAGAGCCAGACGCCAAAGUCUCCAUCAGUUUGUGUCAGUGCGACGACUCAGACAGACGAAGGAACGGAGGAGUGUCGCAGGAAAAAGAUGAAAAAGAAAAGAUCUACAGAGAAAUUUGAUCUGAUAAACAGUCGGGAGGACUGUGGACCUCCUGAAAAAAGAAGUCAAACAAAAAAAAAACAAAGUUCUUAAUGAUCGACCCAUCACCAAGGCAUCCGAGGAUAUUAAUGAUUUGGAAGCUCUAACACCAAAUCAUAUCCUGUUGCUAAAAGGAAAACCUCUCCUGACCCCUGGGAGUUUCACUGAAAAUGAUCUUUACAUCAAACGACGCUGGAGACAAGUUCAGUAUCUGGCUGACCUCUUCUGGAGUAGGUGGACCAAAGAGUACUUACCGAUGAUGCAGGAGAGACAAAAAUGGAUCAAGCCUC